AUGUGGAACCAUAUCCGUGGUCCUCCUUUCAUUAUGAACAAUCCACAAACUCGAGAGGCCAGUUUCAUUCAUGGAUCGACGCAGUACCAGGCAUGUUCCAACCUUAUGCGUUACUCCACCUUAUUGAAAUUGUCUCUUAAAUCAAUUGAAGAGCCGUUCUUUAUGCUAUACGAGUGCUUCCAGCUUGUUGCUGAGACCUACAUUGUUGGUGCUCUAUACGCCGCCAUCACAUUUGGUUUCAUUCUGCUCAACGAGGCAGCAAGUCCAAGUGUGGAGGUAACCGAGAGGAAGAAAUCGUCCAGCUCGAAGCCAUUUUUCGGAAUCAAUAACAAUAUGCUUGCAUACGUUGGUUUGGGCCUUGUCGUGAUUUUCUUCUCGCUAUUGCUAUCCAUCUUCCGCAGCAAAUAUAGAGGAUACCCGUACAGCUUCCUGUUCAGUUAA